UGUCAAAGCGUCGGACGAUUUUUCUUCUUCCAUCCAUCCAAAACUUUCACAGAGCGCUGCUGAGUGAUGUUUACAUCCCAAAAAUUUUCAGCGAAGAUCUAAUUUUCUCCGUAUAUCAGCCACCAGUGUGCAUCGGUGUUUAAUCAAUAAAUUACCGUUUGUUCAGUGUUGAGGGUAACGAUUCGCGUACGGGUGCGCAAAGUACAUUGCCUAAAGAGCGUUUCCCUCCCCCAAUAAAUGGCCAAAUCUUUGUUUGGGAAUCGAGAUCACGAAGGAUACGUGGGCAAGGAUGAGCAUAUGCAGAAAAAGCUGGAAUCGGCCAACUCGGAGGACGAUGGCGAACUGGUAGAACUCACGGAAGAGCUGCAUAUCGGAGAUGGUUUGCGUCCGACGGCGGGUGGACCUUUCUCGGCAUUGACUCCGUCCAUGUGGCCCCAGGAUAUUCUGGCCAAGCUAGGGCAGCCUGAUCCGGAUGAACCGCCGAACCACCAGCCGGAUUAUAGGUUCGACGAGUUUGGGUUUCGCGUAGAGGAAGAAGAUGGUCCGGAGCAGAGUUCGAAUAAGCUACUGAGCAUUCCGUUUAUGGAGGAUCCGGCGCAGCGGCUGCAGUGGAUUGCCCAUUUGGAGUUCUCCCACAACAAGGAGGCCACUGAGCUGACCUGGGACAACGUGGAAGUGGUGCUGCCACGGACGGAGAAGCUGAGGAACAUGGUCCGGGCGGGAAUUCCUCAUUCUUUGCGUCCACAGAUGUGGAUGAGGCUUUCGGGAGCGCUGCAGAAGAAGCUCAAAUCGGAAACGUCCUACCAGGACAUUGUGAAGGCUUCGGAGAAUGAUGCUUUGAUGACGUCGAAACAGAUCGAGAAGGAUCUGCUUCGGAUCAUGCCGACCAAUGCUUGUUUCAGUUCGCUGAGUAGCACCGGAGUUCCUCGAUUGCGCCGGAUUUUGCGGGGAAUCGCUUGGCUCUAUCCGGACAUUGGCUACUGCCAGGGAACGGGGGUGAUUGCCGCCUCUCUGCUAUUGCUGCUGGAGGAAGAAGAUGCCUUCUGGAUGAUGGCCACGAUCGUUGAGGAUCUGCUGCCGGCUUCAUAUUAUUCGUCGACCCUGCUGGGAAUUCAGGCGGACCAGCGGGUGAUGCAGACGCUGAUUGGGAACUAUCUGAGCGCGGUGGACGAAACGCUCAAAAGCCACGACAUCGAACUGUCGUUGAUUACGCUGCAUUGGUUUCUGACGCUGUUUGCGAGCGUGGUGCACAUGAAGAUCCUGUUGAGAAUCUGGGACUGGUUCUUCUACGACGGAUCGAUCGUCCUGUUCCAGCUUACCCUGGGGUUGCUGAAAAUCAAAGAACCCGCGCUCAAAAAUCUCGAAAACUCAGCGCAAAUUUUCAACUCCUUGUCGGACAUUCCCGGGGACAUCGAUGACGUGGAGCAUCUGUUCCGGAUUUCCAUGGAGGUGGGUGGAUCGCUUUCCCCCAUGGUUAUCGAAACGCACCGCCGACGUCAUUUGGCGUAUCUGAUGGCCGAUCAGGGUGGGCUAGUUGGCAAUCCGGAGGCGGGUUCCAAUCUGCCGAAGCAGCAUCUGGCACGGAGGCAGGUCAAGAAGUCCAAAUCGAUGCUUCAGAUGAUUUUGUUCGGGAAUGAUGAUGGGGAUGACGAGCUGAAGAACAAGAACAUACGGCAGACGGAGAUUCUGGUGGAUCUGAGGGAGGCGAUUCUCAAGGUGGCGCGGCACUUUUUGGCCAUCGAACCGAAGCUGAGUGCGCAUAUCAAACUGGUGGCGGACUACGGGAUGGACAGCCAUGCCAAGGAUCACGAGAACUUUAUCAACGUGUCGAGGACCCGCAGUCGGCGGGCGAAGGCGUUGCAUGACUUUGAGCGACACGAUGACGAUGAGUUGGGAUUCAGGAAAAAUGAUAUCAUAACGAUUAUCAGCCAGAAGGAUGAACAUUGCUGGGUCGGGGAGUUGAAUGGGCUGCGGGGCUGGUUCCCGGCGAAAUUCGUGGAACUGCUGGACGAGCGAAGCAAGCAGUACAGCUCUGCUGGGGACGAUGCUAUUUCCGAGACUGUCACAGACCUGGUCCGAGGAACGCUAGCACCAACUAUCAAGCAAGUCUUCGAGCACGGAAUGAAGCGCCCGUCCUUCCUCGGGGGUCCAUGUCAUCCGUGGCUUUUUAUAGAAGAAGCCGCCACUCGCGAGGUCGAGAAAGACUUCGAAUCGGUGUACUCCCGUCUGGUCCUCUGCAAGACCUACCGCCUGGACGAGGACGGAAAGGUGCUAACCCCCGAAGAGCUGCUCUACCGCUGCGUCCAAGCGGUCAACCAAAGUCACGACGCCGCCCACGCUCAGAUGGACGUGAAGCUCCGAUCACUGAUCUGCCUAGGCCUGAACGAGCAGGUCCUGCAUCUCUGGAUGGAAGUGCUCUGUAGUUGUUCGGAGAUCGUGCACAAGUGGUACCAACCGUGGAGUUUCAUCUAUUCACCCGGCUGGGUGCAGAUUAAAUGUGAACUCCGGCUGCUGUCGCAGUUUGCCUUCAACCUGAACCCGGACUGGGAACUGCCGGCCAAGCGGGAAGCCACCCAGAGCCAGCCGCUCAAGGACGGAGUUCGGGACAUGCUCGUCAAGCAUCAUCUCUUUUCGUGGGAUCUUUAGAAGGGGGUGGCUUCAUCCCGUCGCCCGGCGUAGCUAGCGAAACAAAGUGUAUUCAUCUACGAAGCACCUUAUUUUUUUUUUUGCUCUUAGAGAUGAGAUUUUUUAUUUAUUUAGUUUAAUUUAUUAAUUGUUCCUUGUAGUAACACUGACCGAAGCCACUCAAACCUUUCUAUGGUAUCUCCUCAAUAAUGUACCAUUCAUAAACAACAAGUAGCCUUUGCCUGCUACAGUAUUCUUUUUAAAUGUAUGUUCAAAGUUCCGAAAUUUCUUUUGAUGUUGAUCAUCAAACGUAAAAAGGUAGACAAUUUUGUUUUAAUCGAAUAACGUAAUCUUCUGUUGUGCAGUUCGUAGGGAAAAAAAUAUAGUAACGAUACAUAUAUUUACCUUAACAUAUUCGUGUAUGAUGAUAUACAUAAUUGUAAAUGGCAAAACUAAAAUGCUUAUGAAAAAUUACUGAAAAUAAACGUACUAAAGGCUUA